AUGGUCUCUGCCACGGCGAUGCACGCCUCCGGGGCCGCGCCGGAUGACAUUGCGGCCGCGCGAUUCUCGGACGAGGUGAUGGAGCUGGAAGAGCCUUCGGCGGCCACCAACGUCGCGACGGUGCCCGCUGCUGCCGCCGCAUUGUCGCGUUCCGUUUCCAAGAAGAGCCUGCUCGCCAACAUUGGCCUCGGGGGCUAUGCGCGACGGACGCUAGGCAUCUGCCUGCUGAUUGUCGUCGUCUUUCUCUGGACGCUGUCCAAUUUCCUAGCGAGUUUCAUCUUCUCCGACCACACCUACGAUAAACCCUUUUUCCUCGUCUACGUCAACACAUCGAUGUUUGCCAUAUCCUUGAUACCCAUGUUUACGCGCUACAUGAUGAGAAAUGGAAUCAGCGGCCUGCGCAGCGACCUCGUCCAGCUGUGGCACCAGCGCAGCAACCGUGGCGCGCACUUCAGCAAGAUAAAAGACGAGGAGGAGCAAGACGCAGUCGACGGCGAGCAUCUGCUGGCCAGCCAAGCCGAAGACACCGCCGUUCCGGAGCCGGUCUCCAGGGACACGACGCCCGACAAGAUGUCCUUUGCCGACACGGCCUAUCUCAGUCUUGAGUUUUGCAUGCUGUGGUUUCUGGCCAACUACUUUGCGUCGGCGUGUCUCGAGUACACCAGCGUGGCCAGCGUCACCAUUCUCACCUCGACAUCUAGUAUAUGGACGCUCGUAUUCUGCGCGCUUUUCAAGGUGGAGUCGUUUUCGCUGCGUAAGCUCUUUGGUGUCUUGGCGUCGCUCAUUGGCAUCGUCCUGAUUUCGACGGUGGAUCUUACCGGCAACAGCGACGAGCACCGGGGAUCCUUUCCGCACAAGACUACCGGUCAGAUUGCGAUUGGUGAUUCCAUGGCGCUCAUCAGCGCCGUUGUCUACGGCAUGUACGUGACGGUGAUGAAGAGAAGAGUCGGGGACGAAGACAAGGUCGAUAUGAGACUAUUCUUUGGCCUCGUCGGCGUCUUCAAUCUUCUGUUCUUGUGGCCGUUGUUUUUUGUUUUUCACUGGACUGGCAUCGAGCCUUUCCAACUACCACCUACUGGCAAAAUUUGGGCCAUCAUUCUGGCCAACUCACUUGCGUCGUUUGUCAGCGAUAUUUUCUGGGCAUUCGCCAUGCUCCUGACAACGCCUCUCGUCGUCACUGUAGGCUUAUCGCUGACUAUUCCCCUAUCGCUUAUCGGCGAAAUGAUUCAGUACGGCCAGUACUCCAGCUUCGUGUAUUGGAUCGGCGCGGCUGUUGUGUUCUUGUCGUUUGUGUUUGUCAGCAACGAGAGCCAAGGAGAGGAGAAGGAGGAGCAAGAGAUGCGGUAA